CAACCUGGAAACGAGAUCUUAACAAGCACACCUCAUCUCGAGCAGUCGCCGACGCAGCAUCGAACCUCGCCGCCCCAACACUCAUCACCGCCAUCGUUCUCAGCCCAGCUGCCGCCGCAUUCCCCUUCAUUUCCGACCUCCUCUCGACGAUUUCUUCGACUUUUCUUGUCCGAACUCCCACAAACCGCCAAAAUGCCUAGCGAACUUUGCCCCGUCUAUGCGCCCUUUUUCGGUGCCAUGGGUUGCACUGUGGCCAUCGUCUUCACCUGCAUGGGAGCCUCCUACGGUACCGCGAAGUCCGGUGUCGGUAUCUCGGCUAUGGGUGUCCUGCGCCCUGACCUGAUCGUCAAGAACAUUGUUCCCGUCAUUAUGGCUGGUAUCAUUGCCAUUUACGGUCUCGUCGUGUCCGUGCUUAUCUCCGACGGCCUUGCCCAGGAGAUGUCUCUGUACACUGGUUUCAUCCAGUUUGGCGCUGGUCUCUCUGUCGGUCUGGCUGGUCUUGCUGCUGGUUUCGCUAUCGGUAUUGUUGGUGACGCCGGUGUCCGUGGAACUGCUCAACAGCCCCGUCUCUUCGUCGGCAUGAUUCUGAUUCUCAUUUUCGCCGAAGUCUUGGGUCUUUACGGUCUGAUUGUUGCCCUUCUCAUGAACUCCAAGGCCACCCAGGACGUUGUCUGCCAUUAAAAGACACCUACAUCAGCGACGAAUGCUCGGUUGAACGGUUGACAAGAUGUACUUACGCCACAACUUGCACGGGCAUCACUGCCACAGAGCAGACAAAUAUCAUCAGCAGGCGCGUCGAAAAUUCGAUCAAAGGUUUGACGGCAUGGACGUGGAAACGGUCAAGGGUCAUGAGAUGCCACUGUUUGGGACAGUCGGGGAUCGCUCCGGCCUGGAUUCAAACGUAUAUGUACUAUUGUGCCAACAAGGUAUGCUAUCCAUUUAGGGGGCGGUUGCUC